AUGGACGCCUACGGUGGAAACGAUGAGGAGAGCGCCGAGUUGCGGAAGCUCUUGGCCGAGGUGAACGAUGACUCGGACAACUUUGAGAUCUGGGAGAAGCUCGUCCGCGCCGCCGAGGCCCUCGAGGGCGGAAUCAAUAGGAACUCGAGUUCGCAGGCGAUCACGGCCGUCCGGAGCGUCUACGACCGCUUCCUCUUGAAGUUUCCUCUUUUCUUUGGCUAUUGGAAGAAAUACGCCGACCUGGAGUUCUCAAUUGCCGGAACCGAAGCCGCCGACAUGGUUUACGAACGUGGGAUCGCCAGCGUCACCAAUUCGGUGGAUCUGUGGACAAACUACUGUUCAUUCAAGACCGAGACAAGCCACGAUUCCGAUGGUAUUCGAGAGCUCUUUGAGAGAGGAGCGGUUUGUGUCGGCCUCGACUUCCUCGCCCAUCCCUUCUGGGAUAAAUAUAUUGAAUUCGAAGAACGCAUGGAAGGAUUCGACCGAAUCUUCGCCAUCCUCGGCCGAAUCAUACACAUACCGAUGCAUCAAUACGCGAGAUACUUUGAGAAGUACCGGCAGAUGGCACAGUCGCGCCCGCUUUCAGCCAUCGCUCCUCCCGGCACUCUCACGCAGCUGCAGAUGGAUAUCGAGAACGAAGGUGCCGGCUACAAAGCCGGCCGAAGCCAGCCAGAGGUAGAGCGAGAGUUACGGACCCGGAUUGAUAACUAUCACCUCGACAUCUUCCGACGGACACAGAACGAGACUACGAAACGAUGGACGUAUGAAUCGGAAAUCAAGCGACCAUAUUUCCACGUGACGGAUCUCGACGAAGCUCAACUGACUAAUUGGCGCAAAUAUCUCGACUUUGAAGAAUCAGAAGGUGAUUACACCCGCACCCAGUUCCUCUAUGAGCGCUGCUUGGUCACUUGUGCGCAGCACGACGAGUUCUGGUUAAGAUACGCCCGGUGGAUGUUGGCCCAGCCGGGCAAGGAAGAGGAAGUUCGAAACAUCUAUCAAAGAGCGUCUUGCUUCUAUGUUCCGAUUGCUUUGCCGACAACCAGACUUCAGUACGCCUAUUUCGAAGAAAUGUCCGGUCGCGUCGAUGUGGCAAAGGACAUACACGAUGCGAUCCUCUUUCAGUUACCAGGCCAUGUCGAGACAAUUGUCUCUCUGGCGAACAUAAAUCGUCGUCAUUCAGGUCUGGCGGCCGCUGUUGCCGUGUACCAAAGUCACCUGGAGUCUCCGAGCGUCGAAUCUGCAGCAAAAGCUGCCCUGGUGGCUGAAUGGGCGAAACUCCUCUGGAAAGUUAAGGGCUCAACGGAAGAGGCUCGCCAGGUUUUCCAGACGAACCAACACUUGUACCUCGACAGCCCAGCUUUCUGGUCCAGCUACCUGCGUUUCGAAAUUGAACAACCCACAAGUAGCGAGACAGAGCAACAGCAUUACGAGCAGAUUCGGCGGGUCGUGGACGAGAUCCUCACCAAGAGCGCCCUACCAGAAGCCAUCGUUCAAGAGCUCAUCACGGCUUACAUGAGGUAUCUGCUUGAGCGGGGCACCAAAGAUGCGGCCAAGGAAUAUAUGAACCUCGAUCGCGAGAUCAAUGGGCCAAUGUCGGUCCAGAAGAUGCCCAAGGCCAACCUGGAGACGGGCAAGACACUCGUUGGAGCUGUCAACGGACAGACACCCGCUGCACCAAUCUUCAAGAUGUGUGGCAUCUUUGGCUACAUCAACUAUCUGGUCGAGAAGGACCGCAGGUUCAUUCUAGACACCUUGCUCAAUGGUCUGGCUCGUCUCGAGUACCGUGGCUACGACUCCGCCGGUCUAGCGGUCGAUGGCGACAAGAAAAAUGAGGUUUUUGCGUUUAAAGAGGUGGGAAAGGUGGCCAAACUCCGAGAGCUGGUUGAAAAGUCUGGCGUCGACAUGACCAAAGUCUUUGACUCUCACUGCGGUAUUGCUCACACCCGAUGGGCCACCCACGGCCAGCCUUCCAGACUCAACUGUCAUCCUCACAGAUCUGACCCCAAGUGGGAGUUUGCUGUCGUCCACAACGGCAUCAUCACAAACUACAAAGAGUUGAAGGCCUUGCUCGAGGGCAAGGGCUUCAAGUUCGAGACCGACACCGACACCGAGUGCAUUGCGAAGCUUGCCAAAUACCUCUAUGACCAACACCCAGACAUUGAUUUCACCACGCUCGGAAAGGCUAUCAUCAAGGAGCUCCAGGGAGCUUUUGGCCUGCUCAUGAAGUCCGUCCACUACCCCCACGAAUGCAUCGCCGCCCGAAAGGGUUCACCUUUGGUGGUGGGAGUGAAGACUGCCAAAAAGAUGAAGGUGGACUUUGUGGACGUCGAGUACUCUGAAGAUGGUGGUGCUCUGUCUGCUGAGAUUGCAAACCACAAUGUUGCAGUCAAGAAGUCUACAGCUGGACUCUUGGCCCCCAACGGCAUGUUGGCUCCCCCUGACAAGUCGCUGCUCCACCGAUCACAAUCCCGGGCAUUCUUGUCGGAUGAUGGUAUGCCUCAACCAGCCGAGUUCUUCCUCUCGUCUGAUGCUUCGGCCCUGGUCGAGCACACCAAGAAAGUUUUGUAUCUUGAAGACGAUGACAUUGCCCACAUCCACGAUGGCCAGCUCAACAUUCACAGAUUGACCAAAGAUGAUGGUACCAGCAACGUGCGUGCUAUCCAGACCAUCGAGCUUGAACUUCAAGAGAUCAUGAAGGGCAAAUUCGACCACUUCAUGCAAAAGGAAAUCUUUGAACAACCCGAAUCUGUCGUCAACACCAUGCGUGGUCGUUUGGAUGUCGCAAACAGAACCGUCACUUUGGGAGGUCUCAGACAAUACAUGAGCACCAUUCGAAGAUGCAGAAGACUCAUCUUCAUCGCUUGCGGUACCAGCUACCAUUCUUGUAUGGCUGUCCGGGGUGCGUUUGAGGAGCUCACGGAAAUCCCCAUUUCUGUCGAGUUGGCUUCCGAUUUCCUCGACAGACAGGCCCCAGUUUUCCGGGACGACACCUGCGUGUUUGUGUCACAGUCUGGCGAGACUGCCGAUUCGCUCAUGGCUCUGAGAUACUGCUUGGAGCGAGGUGCUCUCACUGUGGGAAUUGUCAACGUGGUCGGCUCGUCCAUCUCCAUGCUGACCCACUGCGGUGUCCACAUCAACGCUGGACCUGAGAUCGGUGUCGCCUCGACCAAGGCUUACACUUCUCAGUUCGUGGCCAUGAUCAUGUUUGCUUUGUCCCUGAGUGAGGACCGCCUCUCCAAGGCUCAGCGCCGUCAUGAAAUCAUUGAUGGCCUGGCCAAGGUCAGCGAACAAUUCCGCGAAAUCCUCAAACUCAACGACUCGAUCAAAGAAAUGUGCGCCAAAUUCCUGCAGAACCAGAAAUCUCUCUUGCUCCUCGGCCGAGGCAGCCAAUACUCAACAGCUUUGGAAGGUGCCCUGAAAAUCAAGGAGAUUUCAUAUCUCCACUGCGAAGCAGUCAUGUCUGGAGAGCUCAAGCAUGGUGUUUUGGCGCUUGUCGAUGAGAAUUUGCCCAUCAUUAUGAUCCUGACCAGAGAUGACAUCUUCCCCAAGUCACUGAACGCUUAUCAACAAGUGAUCGCUCGUGGUGGACGACCUAUUGUCAUCUGCAACAAGGACGACCCAGAAUUCCCCCCAUCCAAGACGGAGCGCAUUGAGGUGCCAAAGACGGUCGACUGCUUGCAAGGCUUGUUAAACGUCAUCCCACUGCAACUGAUUGCCUACUGGCUUGCGGUUGCUGAGGGACUGAACGUGGAUUUCCCGCGCAACUUGGCCAAGUCUGUCACUGUCGAGUAA